AUGGUGUUCGACCACGCAAACGUAUAUGUGGGCCAGAUCAUUUACCAGUCAAAUUUUUAUGGGAGUGACGAGCGUGCUCGGUUGGAAGCGGAUGCGGGGCAUGGUGCAGAGAGCGGAGGCCCGCUUAGGUGGCUAGCAAGCAGAUUACUUGAAGCGAAAUACGCCGGCGAAGACGGGGAUGCGGAGUUGGAUUGA